CAAUUCUACAUAGUUGUUUGUGGACAAACAAUUCUGUGUGUGUGAGACAGACGAGUGUACAAAAUGUGUACACCAAACAUUUUUCGGGAGAUAUAACCUUUGUUGGGGUAUUGGGUGCAACACGGGCAAGCCCAAAUACUCCCAGCAGCCCAACCAAUGCAAAGGGCCCUAUCCCCAUUUCUAAGAUACUCAAAUAUCAUUUGGUAUGACCGCUCGGGGCGGGUUGGUGGGGGCUGAUUUCAACACUUAGAGGCUUAGAGAUUUCAACACUUGGUGGGGGCUACCUAUUUGCUAAGAGCUUCACAAGAUAAUUGGCGGGAAAUUUAAAAUUGGUGGGAGAUUUAUGGUUGAGGGUUAUUCGGAGCUCCACAUGAUGCCCCCACAGCUAGGAAUUUUGCCCACAUGAUUUUUUCCUAGCAAAGGCGUAUGCAUUUUCCAAACCAACAAAAUGUUGAAGUCAACUAGAUUCUCACUCGUGUGAUGCACGGAUAAAAAUUAAGCAUCAAUUAUAUUUUUUUACUUGUUUACAUUAUUAGUCGUGGAGUAUGCAGGAAUUCACGAUAGGAGGAACGGUAUUGUAAAAAAAGUAUACAAUUACUUACUCCCUCUGGUCCCAAAUGGAAUUCACACUUUCCUUUUUAGAUAGGUCCAAAAUAAACUUCACACUUCUUCUCUCUUUCUUAUUUGACAAAUUAUCUACAUCAAAACAGUGCAAAACAGUGUCAAACGGUGCCAAACAGUGUCACAACAGUGUACUCUACAGUAAAGUCAAAUUUAUUUCCUUAAUUUGUGUGAAGUCAAAGUGUGAAUUUCAUUUGGGACCGGAAGGAGUAUAUAUUAAAAUUUUCAAGUAAAUAUAUCUAAUAGAAAAAAGUUUCUAAAUGAGUCAUUUACAAUUAAGAACUAAAGGAAAGACUCAAAUUUUUAGUUGUUUUUCAUAUAAUUUUUUCUUUAUUUUAUUAAUAAAAUAUAUUUUAAAUAUAUUUAUUUCAUAAAUCAGCGGAAUCAGACAAUCCAAUCACUUCAACAUGAACUUCAUAAAUUUCAGUCGAUACAGUCGAUUUGGGUAUUAUCAAACGGGCUCCUAAAUAAGCAAUUAUGUAUAAAAGAAGUAUAUAAAUAAGAAUACUCCGUAUAAGAUAAUCCAAGUUUAUGUCCUUGUGUUUUAAUGAUUAAGCAUUAUUUUUGUACACUUUAUAUGUCACCACCAUUAGUAUACAUUUAGCUAGUGAAUUUAGUGUUGUCCUUGAUUUCAACCAAUCUUUAAAAGAACGUGUGUUUUGUGUUGUGUACCAGUGAUUAUGUAUGAACCCGGAAUCCUUGAAACAUGCGGUCCAAAUGUGUCAUGGUUAAUAAAGCUCAAAAAAUAUAGACCACGUUAAAACACAUCACAAAACAUUCACGUUACAACAUUUUAGGCAACAAAAUAGGCAGAUUAGCUUCUAAAUAUGCAACAAAAUCCUUGCAAUAGAAUAUCAGUUGUGCACGGUUAGCCAUUUGUUUCAUACAAAAAAGACCAAGAUUUUUCUGAAACAUGUAAAAUUGCACCAAGAAAUCUGAAACCCUACACAUUUCUUCCAUUGCCCUUCUUAAGCAGCGAGUAGUCAAUCAUCCUAAUCUCCUCACAAAGUUUCAUGAAAGGUGUUGUACUUGCACAACUGGUUGAACUGGAGAAUAAUGCGGCAUAAUGAUGUCUCAAGCAUGUGCCUGGAUGGUCAUGAGAUCUUCUUCCUCAGUGGAGGCGGCAAGACUUCCGCGAUCUACCUGUUCCUCGCACAAUCAAGCUCCAAUUCCCAGGACCAAAGCUGACUCACAUAUCAAUUUUACUGAGUAUUGCAUCCCCCUCCUGAGACCAUGGCUCUUUCACUCGGUCCGCCGCCCUCUUACUGCUCACUUGGUCGUUGUUUCUGCUGCAGUCAUCCAAAACCAUCAGCUCAUCGUCUUCCUCACAAGUGUCGGGGUUUACGCUCUCAUAAUCCUGAAGUCUAUGAACUACCCUCCAAAGCCCCUAGACAGUUAAGUCCGGAUCUGAUCACAGUCAGUCUCGUCAGUACUGGCUCCAAAGGACGAAUCCAGCAGGACUUACAUCACCUUUCAGGCUGCUCCUCCCACCACACGAACCCACUACCUUCAUUACCAUCCUCUCCCUUCUCAGACGCUGAGCAACUACGUGAAGGUAGAAAGAAUCAUUGGGAGCAAGACCUUCCCUCAUCUCCCUUGGUGGGAAUUGAACCCAAGACCUCCCAUAAAGGAGAGACUUGAGGGUGGAUGGUCAUCCAUUGGACUACACUCACCUUCCCCAUGCAACUAUCAUCUGACCUCAUAUGGUGCGGUAUGAAUGGAUUGUAUGACAGCUUUUAAAAUUGCAUUUAAGCCACUGCCCGUACAAUAAUUGAAGCAAGAGAGCAUCGGAAACCCGACCCAAGUUGUGACAUGUGUCUUUAGGCGGGAAAGUGAACUGAUUUCCAACUCCCUUUUGUAUAUACUACCUCCAUCCCAUAAUUUACUUCCAAAAUAAAGUGACACGCAGAUUAAGAAAGUGAGAAUUGUGUGGUGGAGAGUUAUGCAAAGGAGAGAAAAAUGUUGUGAACCACAAAUUCUUUGCCAAAAAAGGAAAGAGAAGUUCUUUUUGGGACGAACGAAAAGGGAAAGUUGGAAGUAUUUUCAGGGACGGAGGGAGUAGUAAGAUAGCUAGAAAAUAAAGGAUGACACCUCAUCUCUGAGGGUCCCCCAACCCCGACCGGACGGUAUAUUGGGAGGAUGUAAAUUGGACUAUAAUCUCAAUCUGACAGAUAGAGAGUGUGACUCUGUCCUCGGUACUUGCAGAGCCCCUAUGCAUUUUUUUAAGAUAGCUAGCAAAUCAGGAGAUGCUCAAGCUACUCAAAUCACCUCAAAGAGUUGAGUAGCUUUUAAGAUAGGGAGUCCAUCCGAACUGGAUGGGAUACUUUUAAGAGUGCUUCUUGUUGUACCCAUUUUGUAAACAUCCCUUAUUUUGUCUGUGUACAUAGACAAAAUGUUGUCU